UUAGGAAUGAUGGUUGUAGGCAUUCUCUCAUACAUUGUAAUAUUUUCCAUGUGUGACAGCUUGUUUUUCAGUGGUACAAAUAUGUGCAAUAAGGGCUCAGGAUGAAAAUUAAUCUAACAGCUUUUGCAGCAAAGCUUUUGAUGGUUUCGCUUGAUUUCAUUUUCCUGUGGAUGCUGCCGUUAGUUCUGCUGCUUGCAAUAUGUGAAGCAUAAUUCUCACAGGUUCACGAGGUUGUAGGGAUCCAGUGAGAGAUGACUGAUUUCUUCCCCCACACGCAUACACUCCACCCCACACCCACUCACCCACCCACCAGCAAAACAUAAUGCUGUACUAUUUUUGGUAACAGGGAAAGGGCCUCCCUGUGAAAACAGAAAGCAGUGUAUUUCUCAGUUGCAUCACUUUGCAAUCUAAUGCUCUGUUGUGCUUAGUGUUUUUGUGGUGAUGCAAGUCUUUUUUUUUUUUUUCUUCAGCCGGUUGGAUUUUCCCCAUCUUACAGCACCUCGCAGGUCUCUUCUCUGAGCAGUACGUUGCCUGAGUGAGUGGAAACAUACAGAUCAGCUGCAGGUUUCUGUCUACAAAAACAGAGUGAAAGAGAAAGAAGAGGGUUGGGAAAGCAGAGACAAAUAUUGACCUGGACUUACAGAAAGACAUCCAAUGGCUGAAUAAAGAACCCCUGUUCAUGUUUUGGGAUAUUCUUUCAACUGGCUGGAACAAGAGUGGAUCAAAAGAAUGGGAAAUGCCAGCAGACCCUUUAGAAGAAUUGCUUAUUUCUUAUGCCUUUUAUCUGUGCUUUUGCUGACUGAAGGGAAGAAACCAGUGAAGCCAAAAUGUCCUGCCUGGUGUACUUGUACCAAAGAUAAUGCUUUAUGUGAAAAUGCCAGAUCUAUUCCUCGCAGCGUUCCGCCUGAUGUUAUCUCACUAUCCUUUGUGAGAUCUGCUUUUACUAAAAUCCCAGAAGGGAGUUUUUUGCUCACACCAUCUCUGCAGCUUCUGUUGUUUACAUCCAACACAUUUGAUGUUAUUAGUGAUGAUGCUUUCAUGGGCCUUCCUCAUCUAGAAUACUUGUUCAUAGAGAACAACAGCAUUAAUUCAAUUUCAAGAAAUACUUUCAGAGGACUGAAAUCUUUAAUUCACCUAGAUCUUAGAGGCAAUGCAUUUAAUUGUGACUGCAAACUGAAGUGGUUAGUGGAAUGGCUGGGCAGCACCAAUGCAACAGUUGAAGACAUUUACUGUGAAAGCCCACCAGAAUAUAAGAAUCGCAAAAUCAAUAGCCUCUCUCCAAAAGAAUUUGAUUGCAUUAUGACAGAAUUUGAAGUUUAUCAGUCCCUGCCAUACCAAUCUCUGUCAGUAGAUACUUUCUCAUACAUGAAUGAUGAACAUGUGGUUAUUGCUCAGCCUUUUACUGGAAAAUGCAUCUUUCUUGAAUGGGACCAUGUAGAAGUGAUGUUCAGGAAUUAUGACAACAUUACAGGUACUUCAACUGUUGUGUGUAAACCUAUAGUUAUUGAGAGUCAGCUGUAUGUCAUUGUCGCACAAUUGUUUGGAGGCUCCCACAUAUAUAAAAGAGAUAUUUUUGCUAAUAAGUUUAUAAAAAUUCAAGAUAUUGAAAUCCUUAAAAUCCGAAAACCCAAUGACAUUGAAACAUUCAGGAUUGCUGAAGACUGGUAUUUUGUUGUUGCAGACAGUUCAAAGGCUGGUUUCACCACGGUUUACAAGUGGAAUGGGAAUGGAUUUUAUUCCCAUCAAUCUCUGCAUGCCUGGUACAGAGAUACUGAUGUGGAGUAUCUUGAAAUAUCUGGCAAACCACAUUUAAUUCUGUCGAGUAGUUCCCAAAGACCUGUAAUAUAUCAGUGGAACAAAGGAACAAAUGAAUUUGUUAAGCGUUUUGAUAUCCAAGAUAUGGAAGAUGCAUAUGCAGUGAAACAUUUCAAAGUGAAAGAGGAUGUGUACAUUUGCUUAACAAGAUUUAUUGGGGACUCUAAAGUAAUGAAAUGGGGUGGUUCAGCAUUUCUGGAUUUACAAAGGAUGCCAUCCCGAGGGUCAAUGGUAUUCCAACCACUUCAGAUAAAUAAUUAUCAAUAUGCCAUUCUUGGAAGUGAUUAUUCUUUCACUCAAGUCUAUUCUUGGGAUGCUGAAAAGGCAAAAUUUGUGAAGUUUCAAGAAUUAAACGUGCAGGCACCAAGAUCUUUCAUACAUGUCUCCAUCGAUAAACGAGAUUUUCUUUUUGCUUCAAGUUUUAAGGGAACUACAUUGAUUUAUAAACAUGUCAGAGUUGACUUAAGCGCAUGACACUCAUAAUUCUAAGAUUACAUCAGACUUUCUACCAUAAGUGGACAAAAUGAACUAAAUGCAUGAUGACUCUCUUAUCUUACUUCCAAAUGAAUGCCUUUAAAAGUUGAGAUUGCUAGAACAAAGUAUUACUAUUAUCUUCAUCUUUAAUUGUCAAGUCUAAUGGUGUUGGAAGUGGCAUUUUUUAACAAAAAGAAAUUAAAUUAACUGUUCUUUGCAUCCACAAUAUGUAAAUAUGUGUGCAACUGCAUCUGUUGCUAUAAAGAAUAUUAAGAUGUAAUUUUCCAUUUAUUUAUUCACCUGUUUGAAACAACUGCCAAAUAAAAUGUUUACAUUUUGUGUCUUUCACAUUCCAAA